AUGUUCGGUUCUGCGCGCCUGGCUUGGGCAGUGCUGCUUGUUAGCUCGGCGUCUGCUCAGCUUGCCAGCGAGCUUACAAAGGAGCAGCUGAAACCGCUGACAGUUUUCCGACAGCAGCAUCGGCGUCUGGCGUGUUGGUGCUCGUUUUGCACAUUUUUCCUCCUUGCAAUGAUGUUUGCAGGUGGAUGGCCGCCUGUGCGCGGCUGCUUUUGUGCAGGCGUGGCGAACCGCGCGUUCAGUCUGAGGGCGGGUUUGCUUUGCUUGGUGUCAAGGACAAACGUGUCUACACUGGGUGCACAGACGCACGGCCCCAUGCAGCGCAAUGCUGUUGAGCAGCUGCACGUUUGUGUUUUGCUAGGCCCCGAGCCCCGACGGAGGAAGCGGGAGAGAGUGGUGUUAUGUCGAAGCCCAGGCGCGUGA